GGACCCCGGCUCUGCGGCUCCGGAGCGGAGCAGAGCGAGACCCCCGCCCGCAGCGCGGCCUCGAGUCUCUUGGUGGGUCCCGACCCCCGGGCGCCGCCGACGGUCACGGAGCAUGUCUUCGGCCUUCGAGAGUGUGGUCCGGAGGGUGGUCCGGGAGCUGGACCACAGCAGGGAGCUCAUCCCAGUGGACAGCCUUGGGAACUCUACUAGCUUCCGGCCCUACUACCUGCUAAGCAGGAAGCCCUCAAAAUCCUGGUUCUGGAAAACCCCUUAUACAUGUGUCAACCUGUCAAUCAAGGACAUCCUGGAGCCUGAUGCCCCAGAACCAGGUUUGGAGCGCAGUGGCCUUUUCCACUUCCAUGAUACCGUGGAUGGGCAGCAGCAGGGCAGCGUGGAGCUGGUAGCCCCAGGACAAGGGAAGAUCUCAGGUGGGGCUACAUUGUCCAGCAGCUCCAGCACCUCAAUGAAAGUGCGCACACUGCGUGUGGAUCCAAACACCUGGGAGGCCAUGCAUCAAGAAAGGCGCCUGCGGAAGCCAGAGCCCAAGAUCCUGGAGCAGCUGCGGAGCCGUGGGAACAACUUGUACGUGGUGACAGAGGUGCUGCAGACACAGGAGAAGGUGCAGUUCACCCAGACCCGCAAGAAAGACGGCUCAGGCCAGUUUGCACUGAACAUGUGCUUGCAGGUUGACAGCGAAGGCCACCUGAGCCAGAAGAAGACGGUGACCAUCCCAGCCCAAAGCAUACUUGCGUUCCGGGUGGCCCAGCUGGUCAUUAACUCUGACUGGGACAUCCUCCUCUUCCCGGAUGAGAAGCAGAGGACCUUCCAACCGCCUCCCACAGAUGCAGGCAAACAGACACAGCACAGCUUCAGCUUCUCUUCUAUGAAAAGAUCCUUCUAUGACUGCCUCAGUCUCCUGACAGAUGGGACCUCUGAAGACCAGGUGGUCACUGAAGGCUUCCAAGGUCUUAGGGCAGAGGUGAAGGCCAGCUCCACAAAACUGGAGAACAUGGAGAUGGAGCUGAGGCAGCAGCUCCUGGAGGAACUGGGGAAGGUCCUACAGGAUGAGGAGGCCCUGAAAACCUUAGAGGCCUUGCUGGAGCAGAGCUUCUGCUGUGACGAGCGGGUGGAGCCUCUGGACGGUCCAGCAGGUGCCAUCCUUGAGUGUCUGGUGCUCCCCUCUAGGGAGCUGGUGCAGGAACUUGCCACUCCUGUCUUCUACCUGGUGGGGGCACUGACUGCGCUGAAUGAAACCCAGCCGCUGCUGGCGAAGGUGCUGGAGACAGGGACCCUGUCUGGGCAGCUCAAGCUGGUGGAGCACCUCGUGGAGCACAGCACCCCAUGGCAGGAGCCUAGUGUUGUGACCCUGCCCCCUGGGCUUCUCGGGAGUGGCUGGGGUGAGGAUGCACCAGUCUGGGCCCUGCUAGAGGAAUGUGGCUUGGGCCUGCAGACGGACGCACCCCAGGUGUGCUGGGAGUCGGAGGCACAGGGCCCCACGUGCGCACUCUAUGCCUCGCUGGCACUGCUAUCAGGACUAGGUCAGUAAUCCUGCAUGCCUGGCAGCUCUCCAGUCAGGGCAGAGGGCAUGCCCACCCACUGGCAGCCCUAGGAAGGCCAGGAGCCCAACUCAACCACAGGGCCAGUUCACUGCAAAGCUCAGGAGUUAAGGAAACACAAUAAAUGUG